AUGGAUGCUUAUUCAGUAUCAUUCACUAGUGCCCCAGAACGAACUACGUCUCGAAUUUGGGAGGACUUGAAGUCGCAUCACCGGGCUACUGUUGCCGAGCUUGGCACAGACGGCACGAAUGAGGAGAUGGAAAUGGGGACCAAGAUCAGCAAGCGCCGAGCGCGAAGUCACGGCCGCAAACCUCAUAUCGGCGUCAUCGGAGCCGGUCUAGCUGGAUUACGCUGCGCGGACAUUCUGCUUCAACACCAUUUCCGGGUAACCCUAAUCGAAGGGCGGAAUCGGCUGGGUGGGCGAGUACACCAGGCGACGCUACCAUCAGGACGCCUGGUAGAUGCCGGCCCGAAUUGGAUCCACGGAACGAAUAACAACCCAAUAAUGGAGCUUGCGAAACAGACCAACACCGCCGUCGGUUCUUGGGACAACAAGAAUGCAGUUGUGGAUGACGCAGGAAAGCUACUUUCGUCCGCAGACGCUUCGACGUACUCAACCAUCAUGUGGGAUAUCAUAACGGCGGCAUUCGCUCACAGCAACGAGAAUUGCGCGACAAUUAGUCCGAACGAGAGCCUUUGGGACUUUUUCCAGCAAGAGGUCGCCAAGAGGAUACCGGACAGCACAUCGGAUUUCGAGCUGAAACGGAAGAGCGUUCACCAGUUAGCUGAGUCGUGGGGCGCGUUCGUGGGAAACCACUUUUUUACACAAAGCCUGAAGUUUUUCUGGUUGGAAGAAUGCAUAGAUGGCGAGAACCUCUUCUGUGCAGACACCUACAAGAAGAUACUCGAAGCCAUUGCGAAACCCGCAGUGGAAGGUGCGAGUUUUAGAUAUGAGACCGUCGUCAAGAUGAUUCGGAGUACCGAUGAGGAUGGUGAUGCGCUGAGAGUCUAUACUGAUGGUGGGGAGACCUUGGAAUUCGACGAAGUCGUCGUGACUGCACCGCUUGGCUGGUUGAAACAGCAUCCGCAAGCUUUCGAUCCGCCAAUAACACCGAGAUUAACCAAGGCUAUCUCAAGCAUAGGCUACGGCUGUCUUGAAAAGGUUUACAUCAGUUUUCCGAAGGCGUUCUGGCAAUGUCCGGACCAGCAAGAUCCCCCCAUUCAGGGGUUCUGUCAAUGGCUGUCUCCCAACUACGCACCAGACUCGAACCCGAAGAAAUGGAAUCAAGAGGCCGUGGAGCUGGCCUCCCUGUCCCCAUCCACUUCCCAGCCUACCUUGCUCUUCUACACGUACGGCGAGCAGUCGAAGUUCCUGACGAGCGAGGUAGCAAAACUCCCCUCAGAGGGGAAACGAGACGCCUUCCUGUACGACUGGUACAAGCCGUACUACUCGAAGCUCCCGCACUACGAUGAGGCGUCCGCGGACUGCCGGCCCACGGGCUGGUUCGCGACGGACUGGGUGCGAGACGACCUCGCGGGCAACGGCAGCUAUGCCAACUUCCAGGUCGGCCUGGAGGAGGGCGAUAGGGAUAUCGAGGUCAUGCGGGAGGGUUUACCGGAACGCGGUCUCUGGCUUGCGGGCGAGCAUACGGCUCCGUUUGUUGCGCUGGGGACGGUCACGGGCGCGUAUUGGAGUGGCGAGGCGGUGGGUAGGAGGAUUGCGCAGGCUUAUUGUAGGGGCACGGACGGCGUGACUGUGGUGGCUUGA